AUGGCUGGUUUGAACUUAGGUUCUUCUCACUUUGUUUCUCAGCUUCACAGGGCUGAUCUCCACCUCCAAAGACCACAGGACACCGUCGAGGAAGACGACAAUCAAAACCCAUUUUCUGGCGAAAAUGAUAAUGAUAAUAUCCAUCAUCAGGGCCUUGAACUUGAUACUUCGAAUACAAGUUCAGGCGGUGGUGUGGGGGCGCGUAGACAAAGAGGCCGGCCGCCGGGUGCUAAGAACAAGCCAAAACCGCCUGUGAUCAUAACCCGAGAAAGCGCAAACACGCUUCGUGCACAUAUAUUGGAGGUGGGCAGUGGCUGUGAUGUGUUUGAGGCCGUGGCCACCUAUGCAAGGAAGAAGCAGAAAGGGAUUUGUAUAUUGAGCGGAACAGGCACAGUCAACAACGUGAGCUUGAGGCAGCCUACGGCAGUCGGUUCAGUGGUGGUACUGCAGGGAAAAUUCGAGAUAUUAUCCUUGUCUGGCUCUUUCUUGCCACCACCAGCGCCGCCUGGAGCCACCAGUUUGACAAUAUAUUUGUCAGGUGGACAAGGCCAGGUUGUUGGAGGAAAUGUUGUGGGUGCUUUGGUUGCUUCAGGACCGGUUAUUAUCAUUGCGGCCUCGUUCACUAACGUAGCGUAUGAGAGAUUGCCCUUGGAGGAAAACGAGGUGGUCCAGAUUCAGCCACCACAGCCGUCUAGUGGUGGUGGAGGAGGUAUUGGCAACCAAUUUUCUGAUCCAUCUUCAGGGCUUCCUUUCUUGAAUUUACCAAUGAAUAUGCCUAAUGGCCAGCUGCCAAUGGAUGGUGCAUGGAAUGGAAAUUCAAUUGGCAGGGGACAAUAUUAG